GAGCGCGCUCUCGUUCUCUCGCCCCUCAGCAACGCAAGCCGCCGCUGAGGGGGUGAAGCGGGGCCUGUCUUGCGCCCGCCUCCGGGCAACCGCGAGAAGAUGGCGGAUCCGCUCCUCCCCGCCUCGCUGCCGCAGCCGGCCUGGGCAGCGCUCGCGGGGAGCCCCUGCGGCCGCCCCGGAGGCCGGGGAAGAGCUGCAGAAGGAGCGGAGAUUUACUGCACUGGGGACCUCCUGAAGCAGGUCCAGCUGGCCAGGCUCUUCUCUGAUGACAAACACUUUGUUGACAUGCCGUUGCGGGAGUCUCCAGAACUAGUUCUGAAGAAGUUUCAGCAGCUAGUGAAUGUGACUCCAGGGGGGAUAUUGUCCAAAGAGCAGCUACAACAGUUUGUGAGCUCAUCCUUCAGUGACCCUGGACAGGAGUUUGAGCAAUGGGAACCUCAGGACUGGACAAGCAGCCCCCAGAUUUUAGCCAAGAUUUCUGACCAGAAACUCCAGGCAUGGGCAUCAGAUCUGAAUGCCAAGUGGAAAUCCCUGGGGAGAAAGAUCAGAGAUGACGUAAGGACUCACCCGAUGUUUUACUCUCAGAUUUAUGUGCCGUACCCUCUGAUGGUGCCCGGUGGCAGGUUCAUUGAAUAUUACUACUGGGAUUCUUACUGGGUGAUUGAAGGGCUGCUCCUCUCUGAAAUGGCAGUCACAGCCAAGGGGAUGAUACAGAACUUCCUGUACCUGGUGGAAAGAUAUGGGCACAUCCCGAAUGGAGGCCGAGUCUAUUACCUGCGCCGGAGCCAGCCACCUUUCCUCACACUGAUGAUGGAUGCCUACCUGGCCCAUGCCAAUGACACAGAGUUUCUCAGGGAGAAUAUCCAUCUGCUGGAGGUGGAGUACGAGUUCUGGCAGAGGAAUCGCUCUGUGAGCCUCACAGUUGGGGACAGGAAUCACACUCUGAACUACUACAGCGUUCAGAUUGGGGAGCCCAGACCAGAGUCCUACAGCAAAGACUGGGAGUUGGUAACUGACUUAAAUGAAGAUGCCAGGCAGGAGCUCUGGGCAGAGCUAAAAUCUGCGGCAGAGUCAGGCUGGGACUUUUCCUCUCGCUGGUUCCUCUCCUGGCCUCCCCCACUCCCUGCAAAACUGAAGGAUACCAAAGCCAGGGCUGUAGUGCCAGUGGAUCUGAAUGCCUUUCUGUGCAAGACCGAGCACCUGCUGGCUUCAUUCUACAGGAUAUUGGGAAACACCACCAAGGCUGCCCAGUUCCAGGCUGCUCUGGAGCGCAGGCUCGAGGCUGUCCAAGCUGUCUUGUGGAAUGAGGCUGCUGGAGUCUGGCUGGACUUCAACCUCCUGAAGAAGCAGCCAAACCCAGCCUUCUACCCCUCCAACCUGGCACCCCUGUGGACUGACUGCUUCUCAGAUCAGGCUGCAGCUGAGAGGGCAGUGCAGUACCUAGAGGGGAGCACAGUGCUGUCCUACAAGAAUGGGCUCCCUACCUCACUUGCCAGGACUGGGGAGCAGUGGGACCUGCCCAAUGCUUGGCCUCCACUGCAGCAUAUGGUGAUUGCAGGUUUGGCCAAGUCCAGCUCCUUGAGAGCCAAAGAAAUUGCCUUUGCCUUGGCCCAGAACUGGGUCAGAACCAACUUUGCCUUAUAUAAGAAGUACCAGGCCAUGUUUGAGAAGUACAAUGUCGAUGGAGAUGGGAAGCCAGGGACAGGAGGAGAGUACCAAGUCCAGGAGGGAUUUGGCUGGACCAAUGGUGUAGUCCUGCAGCUCUUGGAUCUCUAUGGUGACCGCCUGACCUCUGGCUCCCCCUCCAACCCCUUCGGGGCCUGGAUUGUUGCUGCUUGCAUCUUCCUCCUUAACCUGAAAUGACAGGGGAAGUGGUUUGGGCUCCCAGCAGCAGGGCCAGAGGAGACAAGCCCAUGUGUACGGAACAGUGCCCUGGCCUCAUAGCCAGUUAAGGAAAGGGGGGGUGCGCGCACCUGGGGCAGCCACCUCUUUCUAUACCUGCUGGGACAGCAAAGCAGCCACAGGUGAACAACAGUUGUGACUAAAGCCCUGUGCAUGCAGCCUUGCUGAGCCCCCCUACCUGAAAUUCUCAUGCUCUUGCUGUUUCAUUAGUGUUUAUCAAACUGGUCUCUGCUGCCAUGCCUGCCUUGGUGGCUACUGGGACAAGUAGAGCCCUGAUUCUUGUGGAGGUCUGUGCUAAGGCAUCUCAGCCCCUAAAGACAGACUCUGCCCUGAGAGUAAUGGUCCCUGAUCCCGAUGGCUAGUGCACAGGUGAGAUCCCUGAGGGAGUGUGUUAUGUAUCCCCCCUCCAUAGAGGAUGAGUUGUUACAGCUUCAGUAGCUUGGCUCUAAGUUGUAACAGUUCAUGCUUUUAUCUUUGGAGGACCUUAGAUCAGGCUCCACUGUGGCUAUUACACGUGCAUCUGCUACAAGCAAGGGAACAUGCUGUUACUUUGAAGCAUGCUGCUGCUCCCUGGGUCCCUUUCCCUGUCAGGGUUCCCACUGCAGCAUGCAGCCCUCAUUAUCAAAAAGUGAACCUGUUCUUGUUUGCGCUUGUUGUGCCUUUGACUCCCAACCACAGCUCGUACAAUGCCUUUUCCAAACUGUGACGUGACCCCAGGGCCUGGGCUGUAGGCUCCCAUCAUGCUCCUGCAUCUCAGUUCAGUGUGUCUGUGCAGCACCUGGCACAGUGACUGGAGCGCCCCUGUACAUGAGGAAAACAGUAGUGCUGUAUUGCACCUGCCAGUCACCUGCUGCUCUUCCACUGCCUGAUGGGCUUUUGCACCACUUACCGUACAGAUUCUGCACCUCAAUUCUCCCAGCCACAGCAGAACAGGAGCAACACGGCCAUGGGCACAGAGGGGAAAUAUGACUAGUAGAAUGGGCUGCUGCUACUACUAGCAAACUCUUAAGGGGCUAUGGGACACAGUGGUUUCAUUCAAAGUCAUCAACUGCAUGCUGAGUGACCCCAUAUGCUAAGGCCCAGCUAGAACUAGUCAGAAACUUGCAUUUGCAGGUGGGAGGAAAUUCCAUAAUUUUGAAAGGUGGGGUUAUUUUUAGUCAAAAUUGGAAUGGAAUGAAAGAUAAACAUGUUAUAAAAAUGUAAUAAGAGGGUCAUAGUUUACUGCUGGGAGCCCAGCUCAUUUCCUACCACAGAUCCUUUUAUCCCUUCAUUCUCACCAAGCUCCCUCUGUGCCACCCUUCCACAUCCCCCUCAUUCAGAGAGAUGUGUAAAUAGUUAAACUUGUAGAGUUUGUUGAAGUAUUUCUUUUGUCUGGAUAGUCACUGAGGCUGUCACCAUUCCAAACUUCAUAGGGGUAGGGCAGAGCACUUUCAAAGGCAGGUGUCUUCCCAGCACAGUGCCUACUGAGAACCUUUUGGCUCAAGAGCGGGGAAGGUGGAAAUAAUCUCAAGUCUGUUACUCAAAAGGCUUUAUUGUUUGCAGUCUGUCUACAACUACUGAAAAAAGAGAGAGGCUGGAUUGGCUGCUGCCUGCCCCCAGCCUAGGUCAGCAGAGGGAGGUACAAACUGGACAAAAGGAGAGCUAGGCCUAACAGCAGUGGCACUUUAGGAAUUCGGAUACCUAGGGUUAAAAAAGAUAUUCAGAAAAUAAGGAUUUCAAGGUUAUAAAAGCAAGGUGGGAUUUAAAUACUCUUGUUCUUUCAAGGGAUUUUCAGCUGUGUGAAACUUAACUCUUCACUAAGGCCUAGAGGAAGGCUGUGGAAAUUCCUAGCUCUCAGCUGGAUUUUGCUAAUGGGGGUAGGUAUAGUUAGCCACUUUAAAGGGGCACAAGAUGGCAAGGGGCCCAAUUCUUUAGCCAGUCAGCAAAGCACUGAGUGCUGUCACUUCCACUUCUACAGUUGGAGCAGCUUCAGGCUUGGAUAGUAUGGGCCGAAUGCUACAACGGGCUGAGCACCCUCAGCUCUCUGGGACAUUGAGGGGGCUCAGAACCUCACACCAUCUGGCCUUUAGAAGUGAAUUUAGGCUCUGACACCCCAUGAGGCAUGUGCAGACAGUUAACUGUAGGCUUUGCAUUCUUCUUACCUUGCUCUCCUGGUAUCUCCUUUGGGCGAGGCACUUUUUAAAGCUCACAGUGUCAGCAGAACAAGCCAUUUGUUCCCUUAGACUACACCUCCGUGCCUAGUGCAUGAGAGAGAUCACAAGCCCUGGCAGACAUAAAUAUUCCCCCUCAUCCCACAACAUUUGCACACCUGGCACAGUUACUUCCACCUUUACACCACAUCAGAACCUUCCAGCCAGGCACCUUGCCUGGGCUGAUGCACAGAUCCUCAGAGGUGGUCAAGGCACAGGAGAGCAGAGAGAUGUCUGACACAGACAGACCCCUCACUGUUACAGGCAGCUGCAGUAAAUCUGGCAGGACUGUCAUGGUGCACAUGCUGGCACCUGCAGCAGCCUUGGCACUGGUGAGAAUGGCACAAGAAAAGGAAACAAGUCAAGCAGACAGUGGAGCAAACUGGGGUCUGGUCACAGGUGCUGGUAGGAUGCGCCAGAUGCAUCUGUGAUGCAGUUGUCAUGGUGAUGCCCAACAAUCUCCAGUUUUAAAAAGUGGCAGCAUUUAGAUAGCUUAGUUCCUUAAUCCAAAAGCUUCAGGCCUAGUUUGCACUGGUACCGGUGGGAUGGUCUUUGGCAGCUCUUCUGUUUUGUACCUUUUAGCCCAUUGAUAUGCUUCCAUUGAAGAAUAAAAAAGCCUGUUCUGUA